CGACCUACUCACCACCCUACGCUAUCGACACCCCGCAUCCCCACGGCUCCAGCUCGGGGUUGUUUAUCCUCCUAUGUAACCUUCCGUCCCAGGUUUGGAUCCACUAGCCGCUAGCUCGCUAGCAUCACUUACGUUACCGUUAUUGUGAUCGAUCUUUAUUGAGAUCGAUCGUCUCCGCAUGGCGUUAAUCCUGUUAACGAGGGGUCGUAUACAGCUAGUGAAAACAUCGCGGUCCCUGAAGAACGAGUUGAGAAAAGCGAACCUACAAGAUGGCGCCGGUUUCAGCUCCACAGCCCUCAGACUGCUCAGUCCAAAGCUGGACGGGUCUCCUGUCGCCAUGGUCGCGGCCCCCCUCCCCGCCGUCUUCCCCCGGGCCGACGGCCCCGGCGGCCCCUGGGCCGGCCUCGACGCGCUCCGCCUCCGCGCCGCCCUGGCCCCGCCCCCGGCCCGCUGGGGCGUCCGCGGGCUCCACACCAGCCGGCGCCGCCUGGACGACUCCAAGGUGGAGAAGUCCCUGCGCUCGCUGAAGGAGCACAACAAGAAGAUGGAGGACGGCGGCCCGGUGUACAGCCCCUCCGCGGAGGCGGGGCCGGCCCGGCGCACCGUGAGCCAGUGGGUGGCGGACGAGGUCAAGCACUACUACCACGGCUUCCGCCUGCUGUGGAUCGACACCACCAUCGCGGGGCGCAUGCUGUGGAGGGUGCUCAACGGGCAGACGCUGUCCCGCCGCGAGCGCCGCCAGUUCCUGCGGACGUGUGCGGACGUGUUCCGGCUCCUCCCCUUCCUGGUGUUCAUCAUCGUUCCCUUCAUGGAGUUCCUGCUUCCCGUCGCCCUCAAGCUCUUCCCCAACAUGCUGCCCUCCACCUUUGAAACCAAGUCCAAGAAGGAGGAGCGUCUGAAGAAGGAGCUGCGCGUGAAGCUGGAGAUGGCCAAGUUCCUCCAGGACACGGUGGAGGAGAUCGCCCUGAGGAACAAGGCCUCCAAGAGCAGCGUCACCAAGGAGUUCUCCACCUUCUUCCAGAUGAUCAGGGACUCCGGCGAGCGGCCGAGCAACGAGCAGAUCCUGCGCUUCUCCAAGCUGUUUGAGGACGAGCUGACCCUGGACAACCUGACCCGCCCCCAGCUGGUGGCGCUCUGCCGGCUGCUGGAGCUGCAGUCCAUCGGCACCAACAACUUCCUGCGCUUCCAGCUCAUCAUGAAGCUGCGCACCAUCCGAGCCGACGACAAGCUGAUCGCGGAGGAGGGGGUGGAGAGUCUGAACGUGACGGAGGUGCAGGCGGCCUGUCGGGUCAGGGGGAUGAGGUCACUGGGGGUCACGGAGGACCGCCUCCGGGAGCAGCUCAGCCAGUGGCUGGAGCUCCACCUGAAGCAGCAGAUCCCCACCUCGCUGCUGCUGCUGUCCAGGGCCAUGUUCCUCCCCGACACGCUGUCCCCCGCCGACCAGCUCAAGACCACCCUGCAGACCCUGCCCGAGAUGGUGACCAGGGAGGCGGAGUUGAUGGCGGCUGAGAUGGAGCUCUCCAAGGUGGACCACAAGAGCAAGGUGGAGAGCACCCUGCAGGAGGAGGCCGUCAUCCGCCAGGACAACAAGGAGCGGGAGAUGGAGAGGCUGGCCGACGCCGCCCAGAGGACCAUCAGGGAAGGAGAACUGCUGAGCGACUCUUCGGCCUCCAACGACAUGCUCCGAGACUCCGCCCCCAACCUGGAGGGCAUCAAGGGGGAGGAGAUCACCAAGGAGGAGAUCGACCUGCUGAGUGACGCCUGCUCCAAGCUGAAGGAGCAGAAGAGACUCCUCACCCUGGAGAAGGAGGAGCUGGAGGAGCUGAAGGAUGACGUCCAGGAGUACAACGAGGACCUGGAGGAGAUGAAGAAGGAGCUGUCUAAGACGGGCCAGGAGGAGGUGGUGGAGGAGUCCAAGGCCAGCAAGCGUCUGGCCAAGCGCGUGGACCGCAUGAUCCUCCGCGUGGGCAAGAUCAUCGGGGAGCUGGAGAAGGACAAGGAGGUGCUGGAGAAGGACAAGGAGGUGCUGGACGGGCAGCUGGAGCAGGGCAGCAGUCCACCUUUGGGUCUCUUCCACACCUUCAGGGAGAACCUGGUGAGCAUCGACGAGCUCAUAGCCGUGAUGAAGCAGAUCCAGAACAUUCCGGAACACAAACUGCAGAGCAUCGCGGCGGCCCUGGACGACAACAAGGACGGCAAGAUUGACAUCGACGACGUCAUCAAGGUGGUGGAGUUGAUUGACAAGGAGGACAUCGACAUCUCCACCAAUCAGGUGGCAGACAUCAUGGUGAUGCUGCAGAAGGAGGAGAAGCUGAAUGAGAAAGAGAAAGCCAAGGAGAAGGCAGAGAAGGAGCAGGCUGCUCAGAUCAGCGGCUAACUACCCCCCCGGGGGCGUGGCCUGACGGAGGGGCGUGGCCUGGUCCCACCUGGCGGGAAGGGGGGGGGGAACCAGACUUCCAACAAGGGCAGAGGACAUCUCCUCCGCACUUAAAGACUUUCCAAGUUAGAUGCACAAACGCUCAAGGUUUAACUUCACUAGUCACUUGGUUUAAACCCCUUCCACUGAGAGCUGAAAAUACUUUGUUGAUAUAUUACUAUUAUGAUCACCCUCAUUAGUUAAUGAGAGGUUGAACAAUUAUUAUUCUUUAUAAUAAGAUGAAGAGCACAAAGGCAGCUUCACCAUGAUUCAUGUUAUCAUCCAUGCUGAAUACAUGACAUGAUUCAUGUUGUGAUCAUCCAUAACAUGAUUCAUGUUGUCACGUGUGUUGACUAUAUGAUAACAUGAUUCAUGUUGUCGCGUGUUUUGAAUAUAUGAUAACAUGAUUCAUGUUGUCGCGUGUGUUGAAUAUAUGAUAACAUGAUUCAUGUUGUCACGUGUGUUGACUAUAUGAUAACAUGAUUCAUGUUGUCGCGUGUUUUGAAUAUAUGAUAACAUGAUUCAUGUUGUCGCGUGUGUUGAAUAUAUGAUAACAUGAUUCAUGUUGUCACGUGUGUUGAAUAUAUGAUAACAUGAUUCAUGUUGUCACGUGUUUUAUAUAUAUAUAGUCCCAGCAUGAAGUGUGCAGCUCUCCAUUGAGGUCAUGCGGUCAACAGGCAGGUGUCUGGUUGACCUUCAUUCCACAGCUAGCCUUAGUUCCUAGUACUGCAGUAACCUGCGGGGUUAGCGUCAGGUUAGUAGGUUACCUGACGCUAGGACUUCUGAAUGUAACCCCGCCAUUCACCAGACGGGGGCAACCAAAGAAUCGGACAGAGGUUUUAUUUCAGGGGAGGGUGAGUGAGGGUUAGUUAGGGCUAGUUAGGGUCAGGUUAGUGAGGGUUAGUGUCAGUGAAGGCUAGGGUUAGUUAGCGUUAGGUGAAUGAGGGUUAGGCUUAGUGAGGGUUAGUUAGGGCUAGUGAGGUUUAGGGUUAGUUAGGAUUAGGGACAGUGAGGGUUGGGGCUAGUCAUUCUUAGGGUUAGUCACGGUUAGGUUUAGUGAGAGUUAUUCAUGGUUAGGGUUAGUUGGGGUUAGUGAGGGCUAGUCAUGGUGAGGGCCAGGUCCAAAACCUAGAGCCACCAAAACAAAAGCCUGUCAUUGAGUAGUCCACC